CGUUAAGAAACCCCGAGAAGAAGUCGAAAAAUUUCUUCGUCGACAAGCCAAACACGCCCUAUUAAAUCAAAAGCACAAAUAAUUUCUCGUUUUCAUCGAAGCCCAUUCAGAUUUCGGGAAAAGAGCUUUGAGCGAGAUGAUACCGGUUUACGGAUAGGAUUCUUCGGGUUAUUUUGCUACGAUAUUUCUAGAAAAGAUCCAACUGCCUUUAGUCAAGUUUUAAUUACAGAAAACCUUUCCAUUUCUUUAUAUUAUUAGAAAUCUUCACCCAAUUGGGAUCACAUAGGCGGUUUUAGUAUUAUACGUAUAUUUGUUUCUUCUUCCAUUUUCCCAUCUUCUGACCCACCCUCUGCGACGCCCGGUCUGACGCUUCUUCUGCUGGGUUUCUGAAGCCAUGGAGUCUACUAUGGUGAUUAAGGUUAAAUAUGGAGAAAUGCUAAGGCGCUUCAGUGUUAGAGCCCAUGGAAACAAUAAACUGGAUCUUGACAUCAAUGGCUUGAGAGCAAAGAUACUUAAUCUCUUCAACUUCUCUUCUGAUACUGAUUUUACGCUGACUUAUAUUGAUGAAGAUGGUGAUGUGGUGACCUUGGUCAAUGAUGAUGAUUUGCAUGAAAUGAUGAGGCAACAGUUGAAGUUCUGGAAAAUUGAUGUGCAUCUGAGAAAUAAGGAAAAUGACCAAUCCCAUAAUAGAUCAGAUGGAAGUUCUACCCCUAUGAUGUCAGCAAGUGGCCAACGUUUGUUUCAAAAUGUUCGUCCUGGUAUCUCUGAGGUUUUGAAAUCUCUGCCAGAGCCCUUACCUGAAUUUUGUUCAAAGGUCUUCCUUGACAUCGCUUCAAAAGCCGCAGUUGCUAGCCCUGUGUUUUCUGAUCUUGCUCAGAGCUUUAUUCGGUUGGGAAGCACACACCCGAACACAGGUUCCCAGGCCUCAUCUGUUCCAGAGACGUGCACACAGAAUGUGGUCACUGAGGGUUCUACGGGUUCUCUAGGUGCAGAUUCAAAAGCUUCAAAGAAUGAUGGCUUUCAUCAAAAAGCAGAUUCAAAAGCUUCAAGGAACGAUGACGUUCAAUGCGCUGGUUUAGCUUAUAAAGAUAGAAAGGUAAUUAACAGUGAGAGCAUGACGAAGAACAUUGGUAUAGCUGGACCUGCUGUUGAUCUUAAUGCCCUUCCUUGUGAUUCUAUUGCUUCUGGAUUUGCUAUUGAGAAAUCAGCUACUGCUGCCCCUUCCAGCAGCCCUUUUGAUGGAAAGGAGGAAGAAAAACGCAAUGAAAUGCAUGUACGCGGUCUUCCUGCAUCAGUGCACACUAAACCACAUAAUUCACCUUCCACUGAUAGGGAUGGUAGGUUCGUCAACGAGUGCCCUUUUAGUGGAUUACCUGCGGCUACCGAACCAUCUAUGCUUGGAACUGCAGGUAUAGAUCCAGUAAACAGUGGUUACAUUGAAUCUGCAGGAAGUAAGUUCCAUAAAGGUCCAAAUGUCAGCAGCAGUGGCUACAUUGAACCACUCCAUGAAGAUCCAAUAAUUAGCAGCCGAGGUUACGUUGAACCUGUGAGAAGUAUAUUCCACAGAGGUGUUAUUUGUGAUGGCUGUGGAGCCCAUCCGAUUACUGGUCCACGGUUCAAGUCCCAAGUGAAAGAUAAUUAUGAUCUCUGUAUGGUCUGCUUUGCUGAAAUGGGCAAUGAGGCUGACUACAUUAGGAUCGACCGUCCUGUCUCUUACUGGCGUCCAAGAAUGAAAUCCUGCUAUCGUAGACCUCCAUUUCCUGGCCCCAAAAUAAUCAAUGCUUUGAUAAGUUCUGGAAAGCAGACCAAACUUGAUAGUCGCUUUGUAGACGACAUUAAUGUCUUGGACGGCACUGUGAUGCCUCCUUGUACCCCAUUUACCAAGAUAUGGAGGUUGUAUAAUAGUGGGAGUGUAAAUUGGCCUCGUGGUACACAGCUAGUAUGGACUGGAGGAGAUAAUUUCAGUCGUUCAGAAUCGGUCGAAUUAGAGGUUCCUGCUGAUGGACUUCCUCCGGGUCGGGAAAUUGACAUUGCAGUUGACUUUAUAGCCCCUCCAUUUUCUGGUCAAUACACCUCUUACUGGAUUAUGGCGUCUCCAUCUGGCCAGAAGUUUGGACAACGUGUUUGGGUUCUUAUUCAGGUUGAUGCAGCACUUGGGAUGCCAGAUUCCGAGCAUUCCCGAGCUUUGGACUCAAAUUUAUCCUCCUCCAUAGUCAUAGGUAGUGCUGGUUCAAACAGCCAUGAAGGAGUAGAAAAGAAUGCUACUCCUGCAAUUUCUGACGGUGUCCUUCUCCCUCGUAAUUUCAUUUCUAUAACCGAACUAGUAAAACCUGAUCUUAAUGUGCCUAUAAGCGAAACAGAGCUACAGUUCCUAGUAAAUGAGGAUAUGCUAGUUGGGAAGAGUCCUGAUACUUCUGCUCCUUCAAUUUCUGACGGUGUCCUUCUCCCUCCUCGUAAUUUCAUUUCUAUAACCGAACUAGUAAAACCUGAUCUUAAUGUGCCUAUAAGCGAAACAGAGCUACAGUUCCUAGUAAAUGAGGAUAUGCUAGUUGGGAAGAGUCCUGAUACUUCUGCUCCUUCAAUUUCUGACGGUGUCCUUCUCCCUCCUCGUAAUUUCAUUUCUAUAACCGAACUAGUAAAACCUGAUCUUAAUGUGCCUAUAAGCGAAACAGAGCUACAGUUCCUAGUAAAUGAGGAUAUGCUAGUUGGGAAGAGUCCUGAUACUUCUGCUACUGAGGAUAACUUAGUCUCAUCUCGCCCUGCUGUCGAUGGCCAUGGAGUUCUACCUCGUUCAACCGAGGUUCCCUCUGUGUCAUACCCUCUUAUUGAUCUUUCUGUACCAACUCCAGCCGCAAACCCACCUCCUCCAAUACCAUCCCCCAAGGUUUCUCCAGCAUCAUCUGAAAAAGUCACUACUAACAACGUUGUUGAAGAAAAUCUUCUUAAAACACUACAGGAUAUGGGAUUCAAACAGGUUGAUCUGAACAAGGAAGUACUGAAGAGGAACGAGUACAAUCUAGAGCACUCGGUGGACGAACUCUGUGGAGUUUCCGAAUGGGAUCCGAUGCUUGAUGAGUUGGAGGAAAUGGGAUUCAUCGACAAGGAAACGAACAAAAGACUUCUGAUGAAGAACAAUGGCAGCAUGAAGCGAGUAGUGAUGGAACUUCUAUAUGGGGAGAAGGCUUAGCUGAAGAAAGCUCUCUCAAAACUAUGGGUUAGAAUGUAAAUACAUAAUACAACCAAACAGAAUAAGAGAUAUGGCACUGUUGCUCUGGAACCAGGUUUUUUUGAGUCCUUUUCUGUUUCUGUUCUGUCUUUUGUCAUUGUAAAAGUUGUGUGUGUAUAUAUAUAUAUAUAUGUCAUUCGAACUUUUGUUCAAUUCAGCGUCUAGAACUCAUGUUUGUCUUGUAGCUGUGAUGUUUAGUACUUUCAUGAAGAGACUGGGCUUGAAGCUAUAGAACAGUUCACAGAUUGAACCUU